AUGGGAAACAAUGCUCUUGCCCUCAACCCUUUGACCAGCAACAUCGAUAUCACGACCCAUGGUCAGUAGCUUUCUUCGGACUCCGAAGCAAGAGGUUGCUGUUGAGACAGUCGCUAGCAGUCACAGCGUUCGGGACAGUAGUAGCUCACAAAAACCCUGGAUGCUCCCUCAGCGUCGGACUUCCUUUGGGCCAUCUUCUCCAUCAUGGCCGCGAGUGGUAUUGGACUCUUGGCCCUUGGUUCCACGCGUCCCCUCGGUCAACGCGCCUUCCACCACUUGGGUAAGUUGGGCGUGCGGUUCAAGUCAAGCUCGACAGUAGUCCAGUCCGGUGUUUUCCGUCGCUCGGUCAGGAGCGACUCUGAACUGACGCGCUGCGGGUCAUCAUCCGCUCCAUCUCACAGCUGCCGCGAUCUGCUUCACGGCAUCGAUCGCCUACUUCUGCAUGGCAUCUGACCUCGGAUCGACCCCCAUUGCCGUCGGGUUCAUCCGAAGCGGGUCGCUUGGAGCCAAUUGGGUCGCCGUCGGCGUCGAUCGCCCCACUCGCUCGAUUUGGUACGCUCGCUACAUCGACUGGGUUAUUACCACUCCCCUCCUUCUCCUCGAGCUCCUCCUCGCCACCGGUCUUCCCCUCACGGAAAUAUUCACCACCAUAUUCUUGGACGAGGUCAUGAUCGUCACCGGUCUCCUCGGCGCUUUGGUGUCAAGCAAAUACAAGUGGGGUCUUUUCGUAAGUUACGGGCUGGGGGGCUGAGCAUAAGCUUAGUAAAUACUGGCGAGUGAAUACUGGCGCAUACUAAGCGGCUUUAUCCCACUCCUUGCCCUCUCAUCAUGCUUUACGAACAAAUAGACUGUGAGUUGUUCUGAGGAACUGGUCUGAGAGUCUCUUGGGACGAUCGCGGCGCUGAUUAAAACUCCGUGUCUCUCGUGAAUGGCACAGUUCGGGUGCGUCGCUGAGCUCUACAUCUGGUGGAUGCUUUUGCUCCCCGCUCGCAAGUCGGCCAACAACCUUGGCGGUAGCUUCCCCAAAAUGUGAGCUUCACUGUGCCUCCCGCUUGCUUUGGCCGCUUUCUCUCAAGGUCUGACCUGUGGCGCUUUGUCUUCCGUAGGUACGCAACGUCCGCUUCGAUUUUGUCCGCACUCUGGCUUUUGUACCCCGUUGCAUGGGGUCUUGCCGAUGGUGGCAACGUCAUCACCCCUACUUCGGAGAUGGUCUUCUACGGCGUCCUCGAUGUGUUGGCCAAGGUGAGUUUGCGCCACCAGUAGUGGACCAAUGACAAAGCGUCACAGCCGCUGAAACGCUCUUCCCUCACACCGCCACAGCCCGGAUUUUGCUUCUACCACUGCAUCGCCAUGUCCAAAUGCGACUACAACCGUCUUGGCUUCGUCUCUGGCAAAUGUGAGUUGAGCUCGGAUCACCGCGAGCCAAGUCCUGCCCCUAAACGACAUAUUUCUCCUGCAACUUAGACUCGCAAGCUGCGACCGCCGAGGAGCGACACUACAACACGCAGCACUUGAACCACGACGAGCACGCCAACGAGCCUCGCAACUCCACCGCUACCCGAGUCGAGUCGUCCCCGAACGCCGCCGCCCACCCUGGGUUCAAGCCCACCCAGGCCGCCGUUUAA